AUGACUGAUUAUUGGUGUCUUCUUGGAGAUUUUAACGCUGUUCUUCGAGAUCAUGAGCGUCAAGGAGGCUCUAAUACUGCGUCUGUUAGAGGUGAUAGAGCUUUUCGGGAAUUGGUUGAAGAUUGCAAUUUGGUGGAUUUAGGGUUUCAAGGUGCUCCUUUCACUUGGAAUCGGGGUCAGCUUCAAGAGCGUCUUGAUCGGGGUUUGGCUAAUAUGGAUUGGUGUCUCCUUUUUUCGGAAGCAACCAUUGUUCAUUUGCAUCCGUUAAAAUCAGACCAUUGUCCUCUCUUAUUGAGAAUGACUUAUGAUCGCUUUUCAUUUUCCUCAAGGCGCCCCUUCCGAUUUGAGUCAGCUUGGUUGACAUACGAGAACUUUGCUGACUUGGUUAAAGCAAAGUGGAAUGUUGUUGUUGGUUGGAAUGAUAAAAUUGAUCACAUGCAGGGUUGUUUGAAAAAUUGGAACAAAUCAAUAUUUGGCAACAUCUUCUUUCAAAAAAGGAGAAUUAUUAGAAGAUUAAAUGGUAUUCUGCUCAAGCUGCAAGAGGGACCGAAUAAAUACUUCGAGAAGCUUCAACUUGAUCUUUGGUCCGAAUAUGAGAAUAUCUUGGUUCGUGAGGAACUUCUCUGGUUCCAAAAAUCUCGUUGCAAAUGGUUGUGUCUGGGGGAUAGAAACACCAAGUAUUUCCAUGGUACCACUGUUAUUCGUCGUCGAAGAAAUAAGGUGGAGAUGCUCCAAGAUGAGUCAGGACGGUGGGUUAGUGAUAAGGCUGAGUUAGAAGGUUUGGUUACAAAUUUUUAUAAGGACCUUUUUCAGGAUAUUGAUCCUUAUACCCCUUUCAAUCUUACUGGUUAUUUUCCAGAAGUUCAUGAUUCGCUUAUGCAAAAUCUUGGUAGGGAUAUCACUGAGGAUGAAAUUUUUGGUGCAAUUAGAAGAAUGGGGAGUUUUAAAGCUCCAGGGCCAGAUGGUUUUCAACCUAUCUUCUAUCAAACGUAG